GUUGUCAAGAGGCCAGACAACCUCAAGCCAGAAGGAGAUUUCUCCUCCAGAACCCCAGACAAAUGGUCACCAGGACAAAGAGCCCAAGUGGUCAAACAUCCCGACAAUUUGAAGCCUGAGGGUCAAUUUGCUGGCAAACCAGUUGAGCAAUGGGCCCCUGGAGAGAGGGCCAAAAUUGUGCGCCAUGACGACAAUCUUCACAUGGAAGGCCACUUUGAGACUUCCAGACAAGAGUGGGCAACCAAAGGAGAUAGGGUGAAUGUUGUUAAACACCAAGAUAACCUGAAGUUAUCUGGCGGGCAUUCCAUGGAUAAGAAGGCAUCUCUGCAAUUGAAUUAUGGUCAAUCUCACAAUCACUUCUUUGGUAGUGAACGAGGAGAUCGAGCGAAAAUUGUCAAACACGAGGAUAAUCUUAAACUUGAAGGAGAGUUCCAUGGUAGGCAACAACAAACCUCUUACCAAGGUGUUGCACAUCGAGAAAAACUGGUUCAGCACAAAGAUAAUUUGAGCAUUGGAGGAGAGUUUUCCGGGCAUAGGAAACAAUAUGCCACUUCUGGAGAGCGGGCCAAGGUUGUGCGUCAUGAGGAUAAUUUGAAAGUCGAAGGAGAGCGCUUCCAAGAGAAGAAAUCCAUUAAGAUUCCAAAAGGAGAGCGGGCUCCUCUUGUUGUUCAUAGAGAUAAUCUGACAAUGGAGGGAAAAUUCGAAGGAAGACAAUCUAGAGAAAUUGCCAAACAAGGUGAACGAGCAAACAUUGUGAGACACCAAGAUAACCUUAAGGUUGAAGGCGAAUUUGCCAAAAGACAACUUCAGCAACCAGGCAAAGUCGAGCGGCAAGUUGGUCGUAAGCAUGAGGAUCAUCUCAAAAUGGAGGGGAAAAUGGAGUUCGAAAGCACUUCGAAAAAAGCUGCCGCAGCAUUCGAGCGUGUCAGUUAUGGAGGAGUAACUCGGCAUCGCGAUACCAGCUCUUCGAUCGUCCUUGGAGACCAAACUUCAAACAUGCAGCAAAAGCAAUCCAAUUCCACCGCCAAAAUAUCCCAGAACCAAAGCUCAAGCUCGUCAUUGAAGCAGAAUCAAAGCUCAUCCGUUAAGAGCGCUGAAGAGACUAAGGCCAUAUCUGCCAUAAACAAGGAUAAGUUUGCUAGCACUCUUCGCGAAAGCUCUGCUGUUCAGAUCGGUGUUCAGAAAGAUCUCUCCGUGAUCGAUCAUCACCGAAGACAGUCACAAAUAUCGAACGCCAAUUAUCAACAAGAAAACCGACAAUGGGCUGGACACACUCAGCACAAUCAAAUGGAUCAACGUGGAUCCAUCCAGCAUUGGUCGAAUGCCAGCCACUCAGCAAGACAAGCUCAAAGUUCCAUGGCGUCGACCUCACAUAUGCAACAUCAACAACAGCAAAAACAACAACAACACCGAUCAUCAAUUCAAAUUGAUCAGCAGCAACAGCAUACACGUACAAGUGGGACCCGUCGCCGUACCUGGGCAGAAUCCAACGUGUUCAACGGAAACAAUUACGCUGGAGCCAUUCAGUUUCAUGAACAUAACUGCCCAGCAACUAAAAUUCACUCGAAUAAGUCUCCUUUCAAAUACGAAAGGCAAACCAAUUCGGGCCAUAGAGUCUACUUACCCUCAAUUGCAAACUGAAAUGCUCUGUCAACAAUGAAGUGCCAUAACCAAUAACAGUAACAUAAAUAGAACCAAUAACAUAACGUUCUCAAUAAUCAAAUAUAUGUGUGAGGAAUAUUAUGCACCCAAACACUUGAUGGAAAGGAAGAGAAUAAAGCAUUGUAUACGAUUUUA